CCGCCUCGUCUACUCCAUUUCCGCCGCCGACAGGAAGUUCCUGGAGCCGCUGUCAGAGCGAACGCGCGUCAUGGCCCGCAACGUCCUGUACCCCCUGUACCAGGCAGGAAACCCCCAGCUGCGAAUCUUCCGGACCAACUUCUUCAUCCAGCUGGUGAGGCCAGGCACAGUCCAGCCAGAGGACACCGUGCAGUUCCGGAUCCCAAUGGAGAUGACCAGGGUCGACCUCAAGAAUUAUCUGCAGAGCAUCUAUAAUGUGCCCGUGGCUGCCGUGAGAACCAGGGUACAGCACGGGUCCAACAAGAAGCGGGAUCACAGGAACGUGCGCAUCAAGCAGCCGGAUUACAAGGUCGCCUAUGUCCAGCUGGCUUACGGACAGACCUUCACGUUCCCGGACCUGUUUCCUGAGAAAGAAACAAGCCCCGACACCGUCUCCUUUGAAGGCAUCCAAAAUGAGUUUAUGGAUAAAGAGAGAGAGAGGCAGAAAGGAGACCCGCGGCGCGGGGGUGUCCCCGACUGGUUCGGCUUGUGAUGGGGAGGCCCGCGCUGCCCCCCGGCCCGUCUGGGGGGGGGGAACUCUUCAACAAGGCGGAAUUAAAGCUUGCUUUAUGGAAAAGGAAAAA